AUGAGAUUUUCAAAUGCGGUCAUUGUGGGUGUGGUGUUUGUUGGGUGUCUUGGUCUUGUAUCUGGAGAGGUAGAUUAUACUCAAUGGCACCCUCCAGGGGCCGAGGACAUCCGUGGGCCUUGUCCUGCCUUGAACAGCCUCGCGAACCAUGGAUUACUGCCCCGGAAUGGCAGGAGAAUGACGUAUCCAGUAUUACUCAAAGGCAUACUGGAAGCACUAAACGUUGGGUUCGAUCUCACUCUAGUUGCUGGAACUGGAGGGAUGAUAGGCGCAAAAAACCCUCUUCAGCUUUAUUUCGACCUCGAUGAUCUCGGCAACCACGAUUUGUUUGCGGAACACGAUGCGAGUUUAUCUAGAGCCGAUAUAUUUUUUGGGGACAAUAUUAGUUUUAACGAGACGAUUUGGCAGAGCGUACUUGAUUACUUCGAGGACGACGAAACCGUAAGCUUCAAGGCUGCUGCCAAAGCCAGACUUAAUCGAAUCAAAACGGAACGCAAACGAAAUCCCGACUUCACUUUCAAUGCGAAAGACAUGGUCAUUAGCUAUACUGAAACUGCGCAGUACCUGAGUGUAUUUGGGCACCCGAUUAACGGAAAUCCUCCUGUAGAUUGGAUCAGGAUAUUCUUCGAGCAAGAACGGUUGCCAUAUAUCGAGGGAUGGCGACGGCCAGCCAUACAAACGAACGCGAGGGAUUGA